AUGGAAGCCGCCGGGCUUACGACCGAGUUCCCCGCCAUCGUCAUCCGUGGCGUUUCCAAUUAUGCAGACACACAGAAGAACAAAUUUUGGCGACGUUAUGCGGCGGCGGGCGCCGCUAGUUGCCGCAAGGAGCUACUUUCCUAUAUAAAUGCAGAAAAAGCGCAUCGAACAGACAAAGGGCGGCCUUCUACGCGACUCAUACUGCUGGUCCUUAAUCACGACGAUUUCUUGCGAUGGUGUGGCGAAGAGGGCGGGCGUUUACUCUGGAUUAAAGGCGACCCGGGAAAGGGCAAGACCAUGCUCCUCUGCGGCAUUAUCGACGAGUUGAAGAAUCAAACUGCCAACACCGACCAUAUCUUAUCUUUCUUCUUUUCUCAGGCUACAGACACCCGGCUGAACAAUGCAACAACUGUAUUACGCGGUCUUAUCUACCUCCUCGUCGACAAACAGCCAUCACUUAUUUCACAUAUGCAGGAAAGGUACGACCACGUGGGUAAGGCACUGUUCGAAGGUGUAAAUGCUAGAUUUGCAUUGCAUGACAUCUUCGAGAGCAUACUACAAGACCCAAAACUUCCGACUACUAUAUUGGUAGUUGAUGCCCUUGAUGAAUGCGAGACAGAUCUCCCACGGCUUCUCAGCCUGAUUGCUAACUGGCCCGUCAAAUCUCGGGUUAAAUGGGUCGUAUCUAGUCGUAACAGACUGGAUAUCGAAGAGGAGCUAAAAGUUGCUAUAUCAGAUGUCAAGCUAUUAUGCCUCGAACUUAACGAGUCUUCCAUCUCAACAGCAGUCAGUAGCUACAUCGAAUACAAAGUGAACGAACUAUCCAAGAAGAAAAACUACGAGAAGAAAUUGCGUGAUGAGGUCCUAAGUUACUUACAUUCAAACGCGAAUGACACCUUUCUUUGGGUGGCCUUGGUGUGUCAAGAGCUUGCAAGUCCUAAAGUCAGGCUUCACCAUACGCUCAGCCGACUACGCGAGUUCCCGCCUGGACUCGAUUCUCUCUACGAUCGUAUGAUGAACCAAAUUAUCAUGUCUGAAGAUGUAGAAUCCUGUCAACAAAUCCUGGCUGUUAUGCCAGUCGUAUACCAACCCCUUACUUUAAAAGAACUAGCAUCUCUUGUCGAAUCUCUCAAAAACUCAGUUAACAACCAAGAGUUCCUAGAAGAGCUCAUCAAGCUUUGUGGCUCAUUUCUUGUUCUUAGAAAGGGGGUUGUUUUCUUUGUACAUCAGUCCGCAAAAGACUAUCUUGUCAAGAAUGCGGCCAGCAGGAAAUUCCCCUCGGACACAGCUCCUGAACAUCAUGCCAUCAGUCUGAGGUCACUCAAGUCCAUAUCGGGAGUCUUUCGACGUAAUAUUUAUAGCCUAGAUGAUUGGAGUUUGCCCGUGAGCCAAGUGAUACCACCACAUCCCGACCCAUUAGCGGCCGUGCGGUAUUCUUGUGUCUACUGGGCUAGCCAUAUGGCAGAGUGCCAAUCCGAUAACCAGGCACAGCACGACGACCUCCAAGAUAAUGGGACUGUUCAUAAAUUUCUACAGGAGCAUUACCUUCAUUGGCUCGAAGCUCUCAGUAUUCUUGAAGGUGGGAAAGCCACAAAGCUUGAGGAGCUUAUUCACGACGCAUACCGAUUUAUUCGAUACAAUAACCCCGCGGUCAAGACCAGUCUGCUCCAGGUAUAUGCGCCAGCACUUUUUUUUAGCCCCCCUCGAAGCCUAAUACGAAUAUUAUUUGAGAGCGAGAAACACCCACAGAUGAGUUUAGAGCCAGGCAUCGAAGAUCAAUGGAGCGCGUGCUUGGAAACCAUUAAAGACCGCGGCGUGACCUCAGUAGCCUUUUCGCACGACGGCAACAGGCUGGUGUCGGGUGACCGGUACGGUACGGCAAAGUUAUGGGAUGUAGAGACAGGCGCGUGCUUAAUAACCCUUGGUGGUCAUAAGGGAACUAUCCAUUCGGUAAUGUUCUCCCCCGAAGGAAGCCUGAUAUCAUCAGGUUCGGACGAUAAUACCAUAAGGAUAUGGAAUUCCACAAUGGGAACAUGUUUAACAACCCUAAACCAUAAAAAUAUAGUUACCUCGGUGGCCUUUUCACUCGACGGGAACAGACUGGCAUCAGGCUCGUGGGAUAAAACCGUGAAGAUAUGGGACGUGGUGACAUGCGCAUGGUGGCAUUAA